AAAUCUAUAUUCGGAAUCUAUUGUAACUUGAUGUGAUCCACUCUAUAUCCUACCGUUUUGCUAUUUUGGAUCCUAUAUUGUUGUCUUGCUGUGUGUUGCCAUCUGAGUACUAAGUAGGUGUGUAAUUAUAGAUCAUAGAUUAUUGAUUUAAUCUAUCGCUAUUGUUUUAUAAGUAUACUAAUUCUAUAAACAUCUAGGAGUUCUAUGUUAGAUUAAACUGGAAUAUCCUUUUAAUUAUAACAUUUAAUUUUCGACUGCAUUUUGUCUAUUAUAUCAUUUUCUACCAAAAUUCAUUAAACAUGGCAAAUGUUCAAUCUCACCAACCUAUUGUAAUUGAUGCUAGAAGUGAAAUGCAGAGGCGUGAGGAUGAAAGACAUAGAAUUGAUAACAACGGCGAACAACCUCUUCAUCCUAGAUGGAGACUAGAGAGGAUCUUUUUGUAUAUUCUACUAUCCGUUCUAACAAUCGGUAUUAUUAUAAUCACGGUUGUCUUGUGUUGCGGUGGAAAUUCCAGAACUGUUCAUGAGUGGGUAAUAAGAGAUGAUAAAAUCGAAGGGGGCAAUCAUAAAACCACGUUGACCCGUGAGCAAAUCGAACAGCUGGUUAAUGGUUCCGUAAGUGUGGUGAACGGUAGGCUACAAGGUCCCAAUGGUCCAAUUGAUAUUCCAGGACUUGGUAACCUUACGGGUAGUGUAGAUGAUUUCUUUAACAAAUUGCCGAAGCCAGAUGUUACAAGGCCGGAUUAUCAUGAGCAGCAAAUACGUGAGGCUGAAAGGGAAGUAAGGGAUCGCCUUACUGGGUCACCAUCGGGAAUAUCAAUCUAAUCGCAAAUUAUUUUUUAAAGUAUAAUACAACGGGCUGUUUGAUAACAAGGAACAGUCUAUAGGGAAAGGCGUUAUAUCGAAAAUGUGUUCAACAGGAAAUAAAUCUACAUAGUUACAAUGUCACGUGAGUCAUAUUUUGUUUAGGACUUCUACAACAGUUAAUGCUUCCAAUGUAGUAUCAUUGAUAGCACCUUAAUCUUAUGUACACCAA